AUGUUAGCUGUCGUUUCGUUAAAACGUUCUUUGGACUUUGAUCCAAUAGAACAGGGACAAAAACGUAAACGAUGUGAAAAGUUUGGUUCGUCGUCGCCACCAAUAGUAGCAACUUCAACCCCAUUUUCACUUAAUACUAUGAACAACUCAAAUAAUUCAAAUGAAUUCAAUGGUGCUAAAGUAUUGUCCAAUAGUAAUGUCUCACAACAAAAUAUCAUGUCGAAAAUAUUUUCAUCGUCACGUUUUCCGUCGUCACCCAUUGAUCAACACGAGCAACAACGAAAAAAAAUCUCGACUAAUAUAAAUAAUACCUCUAAUUCGUUUUCGUCGAUCACUCCAUUUUCAACGAAUGCCACACAAGCGGACGAUCUUUCAAUAUUCACGAUAAGACAAACAGCUACAAUGAUAACACGCAUGUUAAAUGAUAAUGAAAAACUAUUAAAAGAACAGUAUGAAAAAUUAUUGAACAUCAAAUUAAACGAACAAUAUGAUCAAUUUGUUCGUUUUACGCACGAUGAAGUUGAUAAACAACAUAGUAGUCGACAAGAACAGCUUCAAACAUUUUCAUAUGUAUCUUAA